CGAGGAGGGUUGCGCGGUCGCUCUGUGACUCGCCUCCGGUCGGACUAGCGCGAUCUCUGACUUCCGUGGAUGCUCUUUUUACCGGUGUUUUAUGAUUUUAUGAUUAGUGGAUGCGAAAAAGGUGGAUUUACGAGGAAGAUAAACACACCUCUUGGCCAGACAAAACCUCUGCUUGAGUAUAUUAUCCCGACGUAGUUAUAAGUAAAACAUCAUGCAUAUCCAUAGUGUCUGAAGGAUUUUCUUUUCUGUUUGUAAGUGAUUAAGAACUUUUAUAAUUGUGUAACGCUGCUCACUUUACACUGAAGGUUAAUAAACUUCUUUAAUGUGUGCCUCCAUGGUUUCGUCUACAUAUAUAUUUCUCACCAUAUCAUACACAAGUGAUUAAACAAAAAUCCUCAUGUUCGUCAUCAGAGCAUAGGUCAACAAUGAAUGCUUUUGGGACGUUUCGGCUGCAGCUCCUUCUGUUGCUCCGGUUGGCAGUGUGUUUCGAGGAGGACGAAGUAAAAGACUACGUGGGCGGCAGCGGCGGGGGUCCCGGGGGAGGAGGCCAGGACCAGCCGCGCUUCCUGCACGAUGAACUAACAGUCAACGUCUCUGUGCAACUUGGAUCAACUGCACACCUUCACUGCCGCAUCACAGGCCUUAGGGACCAGUCGGUGUCAUGGCACAGGAGAAAAGGAGAUGACAUCCAGCUUAUCACCGUUGGCUUCCACACUUAUCACAACGAUGACAGGUUUUCCUUGACCUACGAGCACCCUCACGACUGGAGGCUCAGGAUUCGUUACGUACAGAACCGGGACGAGGGGGCAUACGAGUGUCAAGUAUCCACACACCCUCCCCUAAUUCGCACAAUACACCUCCAUGUAGUAGUUCCAGCCAUCCAAAUCCUGGACGAUCGUGGAGUUGUGUUACGAGAGAAGUUUUACCGCACGGGAUCAACCAUCCAACUGCAGUGCAAAGUAGCUGAUGUUCCGACAGCCACUUCCCUACAGCUGGCUUGGUACCAUGGCAACCAGCGCCUUAACUACGACGCCAGGCGAGGAGGUGUCAGCGUCAAGACGGAGUUGCGAGGGUCUGUUGCACGCUCCUGGCUCCUAGUCAACAACGCAAGGAAAGAAGACUCGGGAACAUAUUACUGUAAUAUUACUGAACUCACUUCUACCGGGGUGAACAUCCAUGUGGUCCCAGACAAGUACCCAGCAGCCAUUCAGCGAGGAUCUCGAUUUGCUCCUUGGAGAUUAAUGACUGUUGCGAUGACCGUCUUCUCCGUCCUGGUGUUUCCUCUCGUCUGUUGGCCUUGUAGAUAAGACAGAACCUCUUUGCCAGUUUGAACUCUGCUGGUGAACCUUCCUGCAGGGGAGGGAAAAACAAGGGGGGUAGACUGUUCAACUUUUUAGGAAUUUGGUGAUGAUAUUGUGUGUCUGUGGUUUGUACAAAAGCAACAGUUUUAUCAAAAUAAAAGGGGAGACUGUUGUGUGUGUACAGUGAUCAUUCCUUCAUCGAUAUCAAGGUAAAUAUAUAAUUAUUUAGAACAUCUUUUUUAAGAUGGUGAGAGUGUAGACUUUCUUUAGCAACAAUGGUGUCAAAAUGUGAAAAAAGCAACAGUCUGUAAUAGGUGUUGAUUUUUUGGACGAACAAUGUCUUAUUAAUGGGACUAAAUAAACGUUUUUUGUUAUCAUCAUGAGUUAUAUACAAAUAAAAUGUUAUUUAUUUACAAAUAGUAAACAAGUAGACUGUGUAUAAUUUAUGUGAAUUAGUAAACCUUGGAUGUUUGAUGUUUUGUCACCUAUUAUUGAUGUGUUUGUAUGCUAAAGAACUAAUAUGACCCAGAUAGUAUACUGAAUACUUCGGUAACUUAUCAGACAGUGAUUACCAUAUUAUAUGGUUCAUGGUAUAAUCCUCUGCGAUUUGGAUAUGUAUUUUCGUAAUAAAGUGAA